AGAACAACUCUCCAACUUCAUCAAACUUACUCUUCAACCGUAGAUCCUGACCAUCGAGGAAAUGCCACAUCAGGAAUGACAUUUGAUUCCGUGAUAUAAAGAGGAAUUGGUCAAAUUUACUCAGCAGUGACUCAUCAGAGGACGACCAUGAAUCCAGGGAAUAAACUCGGACUUUUCCUGCCCCUGAUGCUCCUGAUGUGGACCAGAGGACAGACCCCCACUACAGAGACUAAGGAAGUUUGCUCUGGGAGAGACGUGGUCCUGUCCUGCUCCGCUCCUCCAGACACUGACCUCAACGAUGUGAUUCUGGAAUGGACCCGAUCUGACCUGGAAAAAAAGGACGUCUUCAUGUUCCGAGACAGAAAGCCAUACCUGUACUAUCAGCACCAUCAGUUCAAAGGUCGCAUAGAGGUCAAAGACCCCUCCUUCAAGAGUGGAGACCUGUCAAUCAUCCUGAAAAACACCACUCUGCAGGACAGUGGGCUGUACAGGUGUCACCUCAUCAACCUGUCAAACAUCACAGAACAGUCUGUGUUAGAACCAAUAAAAGUCAUUAACCUCAAAGUGCUCGGGCCAGAGACUCUGGAAGUUUACUCCAGGACAGACGUGGUCCUGUCCUGCUCCGCUCCUCCAGACACUGACCUGGAGGAAGUGAUUCUGGAAUGGACCCGAUCUGACCUGAAAAAAAAGGAUGUCUUCAUGUUCCGAGACAGAAAGCCAUACCUGUACUAUCAGCACCAUCAGUUCAAAGGUCGCACAGAGCUCAAAGACCCCUCCCUCCAGAGUGGAGACCUGUCAAUCAUCCUGAGAAACACCACUCUGCAGGACAGUGGGGAGUACGGGUGUCACUUCAAGAGCCUGUCACACGUCAAGAAACGCUCUGUGUACAACAUACCACCAAUAAAAGUCAUUAACCUCAAAGUGCUCGGGCCAGAGACUCUGGAAGUUUACUCUGGGAGAGACGUGGUCCUGUCCAGCUCCGCUCCUCCAGACACUGACCUCAGGAAUGUGAUUCUGGAAUGGACCCGAUCUGACCUGGAAAACAGUUAUGUCUUCAUGUUCCGAAACAGACGGCCCUUACUGUCCUAUCAGGACCCUCAGUUCACAGAUCGCAUAGAGCUCACAGACCCCUCCCUCCAGAGUGGAGACCUGUCAAUCAUCCUAAAAAACACCACUCUGCAGGACAGUGGGGAGUACGGGUGUCUCUUCAAGAGCCUGUCACGCGUCAAGAAACGCUCUGUGCUCAAAACACCACCAAUAAAAGUCGUUAACCUCAAAGUGCUCGAGCCUGAGAGGAUCCAGGCACGUCCUGGACAAGACGUGGUCCUAAAGAUGGCGCCCGUGGACUUCAAUGUGACGUCCUUCAUGUGGAAACGCCCAGAGGAUCAGGAGCACUUUGUGUUUCUCCACGGCAUGGGCCACCCGGACCACCAACACCCCCAGUACAAAGACCGGGUCGAGCUUGAGAACCAAAACCAGACCCCAGACCAGAUCACAGACCUGUCCGUGAUCCUGCGCAGAGUCCAGCCCACAGACAGUGGAACCUACAACGGCUACAUCGUCCAAUCACAGCAGCUCAGGAAGAGAAACGUCCACCAAUCAGAGCCCGACAAAGUGAUCAUCUUGGAGGUGACAGGUGGAGGUUGCAGGUUCGAGGCUGGAUUUGGUUUUGUGGCCUCUGUCUUCAUCUCGUUGAUAUUUAGGUUUUUUUAGAGAGAAAACACGUCAUUUCUUUAUUUGAUUUUUAAAUGAGAAUUUAAAAUUCAAACCCUCCUUACAGUUUAGCUGUAAGAUUUGUCCAAAGCUCCGCUCACAAGCCUACGUCACCCACAAGCCUACGUCACCCACAAGCCUACGUCACCCAUGCUCCCACAUGACAAUUCUCCAUAAAUAUACAAAAACAUAAGACAAAACUGUACACAGCAGCAUGACAAACCUGUUGUGCUGUGCAGGACUAACUACACUGAAACUGAAACAGGUCACUAGAUGGAAAACAGUGGGAGGUGUAAGAGACACGAGGAGCAGUCUGCUUCAUCCAUGAUGGUCAGAUCGUUCUGCCGUACUGAGUGGUGGAUCAAAAGGUGCAGACUCGCGAUUCAAAAACUGAACAGUUUAUUACAAAGAAAAUUACAAAACCCGGUUGUAGGAAGCUGGGUCGGAGGCUGAGGUGAGUCUAAAAACAGGAGGAGCUGGUGGAUAAACUGGAGGAAAACCUGAGGAUCCAGCAGCGUGUGUAGAAAUGAGCAGGAUCUUUGUCCUCCAGAGGGUGUAGCUUGAUUGCUGAUUGGCUGUAGGUGAGUAGUGGGUGGAGCCAGAUUCUCAGCUCCAGACACAGAAGGGAGGGGGGAGACAGCACAGAAACACAGGGAAAAACUGGAAUCCUCACACUUCUGUCAUAAGAGUAAAAGAGCCAGACUUUUGAAUGGCUCUUUGUACAGACCCAAAAGAUUCAGAUCCCAUAAAAGAGCCAAAAGUCCCAUCACCAGUGGAGUCAGAGCAUCAAAAAUGAAAGUGAAACAUGUUACUGUGUUGUUUUGGGUGAAUGUAGCAUUUUUUAAAACAGUAAAAGGAAACACAGUGACCUAAAUAUGUCACGUGUUACAGUUAAUACCCCACAGAAGUAAAUACACAAUAGAACCAGUAAGUACUUCGCACAUGUGUCCUGUGGCUCAGAGACUUUAAAGCAAAUCAUUAUUCAAAUGUUUUAUCAAAAUGAUUAAAAUGUCACAUAUGAGGACAUUUGAUUUACAUAAGUUUUUCUCAGAAACUACAUAAUGUAAAAAGAUAAUUCUUUGUAUUUACACUUAUCAGGUCCCAGUCAGCCCAAAUAACAAAGCGAAAUUAAUAAAGCCUGUCAUGCAAGAGCUCGGGUCUCAGGAGGUUAAUGUUACUUUGAUGAUUAUUUAUAUGUUUUGAUUUGUUGUAUUGUAAUUUUAAUAUAUUUCUUAUUCUGUAAAGCACUUUGAAUUACUUUUGUGUACAGAUAAGCUUGGCAAGGAAUGGCUUGUGUGUGUG